AUGGGCAGGCUGGGGAUCCUGGGGCAAAUCUCUGCUCUCAUCAGCAUCUGCCACAGUCAUGGAUUGACAGCAGUCAAAGAAAAAGCAGGAGCCACCCUGCGGAUUCAUAGUGUAAAUUCUGGCUCUUCUGAAGGGGCCCAACCUGACAUGGACAAUGAUGUCCCUCAAAUAGCAGAUGCAGCCACAGAUCCGAGCUCUGCAGAAGGCCCACCCACUUCUCCUUCAGCAGGGUCUCGGGGCAUGCUGUCAGCCAUCACCAAUGCGGUUCAAAACACAGGUAAAAGCGUCUUAACAGGGGGGCUUGAUGCUUUGGAAUUCAUCGGCAAGAAAACCAUGAAUGUCCUCGCAGAAAGUGACCCAGGCUUUAAGCGGACCAAGACGCUCAUGGAAAGGACUGUUUCUUUAUCUCAGAUGUUAAGGGAGGCCAAGGAGAAGGAGAAGCAGAGGCUGGCGCAGCAGCUCACGGCCGAGAGGACUGCGCACUACGGCAUGCUGUUUGAUGAGUACCAAGGUCUGUCACACCUGGAAGCUCUGGAAAUUCUGUCCAAUGAAAGCGAAAGCAAGGUUCAGUCAUUUUUAGCAUCAUUUGAUGGAGAGAAGCUGGAACUCUUAAAAAAUGACCUAAUUUCCAUUAAAGAUAUCUUUGCAGCCAAAGAAUUAGAGAAUGAAGAGAAUCAAGAAGAACAAGGCUCAGAAGAAAAGGGAGAAGAAUUUGCUAGCAUGCUCACGGAGCUUCUUUUUGAAUUACAUGUUGCGGCCACACCUGACAAACUCAAUAAGGCCAUGAAGAAAGCUCAUGACUGGGUGGAAGAUGAUCAAACUGUGGUGCCAAAAGAGGCGGCAGAAGAGAUGGGGGAGAAAACGAUGGAAGAAAAGGAAGAGGAACCUGAAAACCCUACAGAAGACGAAAAAGAAGAAAGGAAAACUAAGACAGUGGAGGACGUAUACAUGCUGUCCAUCGAGAGUCUGGCAGAAGUCACAGCCCGCUGUAUCGAGCAGCUUCAUAAAGUGGCAGAAUUGAUUCUUCAUGGACAAGAAGAGGAGAAACCAGCCGAGGACCAAGCAAAAGUUCUGAUAAAAUUAACUACUGCAAUGUGCAAUGAAGUGGCCUCCUUAUCAAAGAAGUUUACAAAUUCCUUAACUACUGUUGGGAGCGACAAGAAGGCCGAGGUCCUUAACCCCAUGAUCAAUAGUGUAUUGUUAGAGGGCUGCAAUAGCAUGACAUACAUCCAGGAUGCCCUCCAGCUGCUGCUGCCCAUUCUGCAGGUUUCACAUCUUCAGACCAGUUGUUCAGAAGCACAGCCAUGACCUGGCCAGUCCACCCAGUUCAAGGAAACAGCAGGCCACAUGGCUUUGAUAUAUGUAUCAUCGAAGGUGAUGUCUUCUAUGCAGCUGGCUACAGACACCAGUUUGAGGACACUACAAGCAAUUUUGCACAGACAGUAUUGAGAAUGCAAGUUUAAAGAGAAUAUAAUUUCUCUUAAUGUAUAUGGUUGUUUUACAAAUAAUUGUGUUUUCUUGGUGUUAAUUUAAACCUACACUGCUUUGUAUUGGUAAUUUCCUUUCAUCUGAAAUUCAUUCACAAAUACUCAUUGCCAUUUUUCUGUUCAAGCAGCCUAUAUUUAGAAAUUCAUGAGCAGACCCUAGACUUUUUUUUAACCCUUUAAAUUUCCACCUUUACAUUUUUCAUUCUUAUAGUGUUACUUUAAAGCAGUUCUUAUACUGAACUUAGUUUUGUUAUAUAAGUGUCAUGGACAAAGAUAACACUACUUAUAGAUUUACCUAUAAUAGUUAAAGAGGAAUAUAAGUAUCUCUUUAGAGCCAUUCACUCUUGAAACAAGCAUUUAUUGAGCUCAUACUGUGUGCUCACAAUAAUGGAACAUGAUCUCACCCCAAAAGAGACAGAUUGAAAGAGGGUUUAUAAUAAUUCUUAACUGCUUUAAAAUACUAAUAAAUUUUCUGAACCUUAAAAAUGUAAAGAACAAGUUACAUUCAUGAUUUUUAAAAUGUUCUACCCUUCAAUUCAUUGUAUUUUUUUCACCCUUUCUGAGCUUUUUUAUCCCACAUUUAGUAUAUGGGGUGAAAAUAUAUGUGAAAAGGUGUACGACACAGUAUUUAGUUUAAAAUAGAAAAUUAAAGGUAUUUCAACACAGUAGACCCCUAGGACUGCAUUUUUAAAUCUACUACAGUGGAGUCAGACUGUUUUGUGAAUACACGAUCAUAUUCACCAGAAGCCAAUACCAUCAUUGCUUCUAAGGGGCAGGAAAUACUGAUGUGUGGUUUGACUGACUGGUACAUUGAUCUAUGAAAGGCUGCACAGAGGACCCUGCAGCCAGGACAGGCAUUGCCAAUGGGCAUUUCUCUUCCUGAACUGCAUAUGUUCAUUCUGGGGUGGGGUGCUGUGUGACGCUUCUCUUUUAGACAUCCUCACAGGCACUGCCACGAGAUAUCUUGGCCCGUGGCUCUCCUUGGUGUAUCGGAACAACGCUCUAACCAACUGAACUACCCAGCCAAG